UGACAAAUGUCAAAUAAUUUUGGAAUUUGUAAGAUAAGAUCAUAAAAAUAUAAUAGAAUAAAACACAACAGAAAGAAUAUUUUCGAUAGUGCAAAUUGCGAUGACAUACAGUUUAUAAUCCAAAACAAGAUAAGGCAGACAGAUUCAAGACUAAUAUAAUUCUACAUCUCCACACCUCAAUGGAAAGUUGAGCCUAGCAAGCAACCACAGUAAUUCCAUUUUCAUAGAUCCCUGUACUACAGCGAUUAAUUUGAACACAUGAAUAGGAAAAGCAGUGUUCCUCCGUCUAAAAUGGUGGCAAAGAAAAGUAAAAACAAAGUAUUAUCCUGUUCAACUCCAGAAAAUCGUUCGGAAUCACCUUCACGGGACAGUGAUUCACUUUGUGAUUCGGAAGCUGCCAGCCCAGUCCCUUUCUUAUGUACCCAAGAUGGAGCUGAAGGCGAAACUGACGUUGUUUGGAAUUUUUAUACUCCUAAAUCAGACCAUGCACCUUCAUCACGAUUAAAAGACACUACACCACUUAGCAGAAAAUCUAAAAAAGUAUUUAAAAGUAAAAUAAUUGAAAAGCCCUUGCCUAAACGAAAACUUGUCAGAGCUAGUCAGAAAAAAUCUGAAAUAUUUCAGGAUUUGAUAGAAUUAAACCAAAACUUGCAUGAAUUAAUUGCAAAGAAAACAAGUUGUGUUACAGAAAAACCACAAUCAGGAAGUGAAGAAGACAUAUUUAGUGAUUCGAGAGAAAGUUCUCCAAAAAGUGGCUUGAGGACAAAUUCUCGAUGUUUAAGAAGAAAUGUUUUGAGUGCAAAAUUUCCUAAACCAGAAAAUGAUACAGCUUUAGAAUCAGAUGAUUCCUUGAAUGAGUGCCUUAUAAAAGCAAGCCAGGUUGUGGAAGAGAAACUAUUGAAUUGUGAUUCAACACCUGCUAAACGACCAUGCUUUGAAUCAUCAAAAAUAAUUAACCAUAAAUCUAAUGUUAACUUGAAUAUGGACAAUGAUUCUAUGGAUGCAAUUCUCAACAAUAUCAAACUUGAUUCACCAUUAAUAAAUAGGGCAAAGAAAUUUGACUCACCUAAACUUAAUAAUGAUUCUUUUGAUAGUCUUGUUGGUAAUUUGAAUGACAGUGCCUUAGAUCGACUUACACAAAUGCCAGUAAAAAAUAAUGUAAAUAGAAGCACAUCAAAGAAUUCAAAUACUGAUUGGACCAUAGAAGAGUUAACAGUUCAUGAUGGAAGUCCUUUGAACAAAUCAUGUUUUGGGCGACAUAACUCCAUGCCUGAAUCACCAUCACUGGUGAAAAAUAAGCCCUCAACAAGUGGAAUGGCUUUUGGAAGGCAUAAUUCUAUGCCAUAUCAUAAUAAUGUUUCAGGGGAUUCACCUAUAAAAUGUACUCCAGAUGAAAUAAAGAAAAAACACCAGUUAGCUAGAGAGAAACUAAUGGCCAAACGACUCUUGCCUUUCACAACUUCACAACAACCUGGCAAUACCUUGUUGUCUACACAAACAAGUACAAGGAAACCACAAUUUAAGCCUAAAGUUGUCAGCAGUACAGUCAAUAAAUUACAGAAUCUACCAGCCAGUAUAAAAAAUGAAGAACCUGCACAAAUCAGUCAAUCAGUUGAUAUAAAAUUAUUGAUUGAAAAGAAAAGACAAGAAGCAUUAAUGAAAUUGAGAAGUAGGCAUCACCAAAAUAAAACAUGACUAUGUUUAUACCAGUUUGUUCAGUUUAUAAUAUUUAUAUUUACAUUGCAAAUAUUCUGUGUGCUAUAAUGAUGAAAUUAUGUUAGUUUGGUUUGGAGUAUUGUGAUACGAACAACAUUAUAUUUUAAGUUUAAAUGAAUGAUUGAUUAAGUA